AUGUUGUUUCAUGGCAUUGCAGUUAAGGAAGUGGCCUUGCAAUUGAGACUGCUACUGUCAGAGAAGCAGCUUCUGGUUUCUGUUGCUGAAGGAGUAAAAUUAACAGACCUCCAAGAAUGGGCCGGUCACAAUCGAUUUACUAGGGUGAUAUCGAAUACUCCUGCUGCUAUAGGGGAGGCGGCAUCUGUUAUGAGCUUGGGAGCAGCUGCAACAGAGGAAGAUGGAGAGUUAAUAGCUAAGUUGUUUGGGGCAAUUGGCAAGAUAUGGAAAGCUGAUGAGAAGUUGUUUGAUGCAAUAACUAGGCUGAGUGGUAGCAGCCCAGCAUAUAUUUACCUAGUAAUAGAGGCUUUGGCUGAUGGAGGGGUGGCUGCAGUAUUACCACGAGAACCUGCACUGGGCCUAGCUUCUCAAACUAGUCAAGUAAUUCUGGAUAUAAGCAGUCAUGAAUAUGAUUAUGUUUCUAUUAAAAUUUACGAUUUCGAUGAUCUGUUUCAAAUACCUCAUUGUUUUUGUUGUCCAUGA